GGAGCUGCUGAGAUUCUCAUCCCUCCACCGACUGCUUCGCGUUACCGCCUGGUGCCGUCGUUGGGUGUUGCGCAGAGGAUCUGGGGUCGGUCCCGUGCAUCCGGCGUUGCCGCUGCCUCUCGAGGGGACCUUGUCGGUUGGCGAACUGGAAGCGGCCCGUUUGGUCUGGGUCCGGGCAGUGCAGAUGUUUCAUUACCCCGCUGAGAUGAGAGCGGUCGAGUUGAGUCGGGCGCUGUCCAAGUCAAGUAAGCUUAUCCGACUGAGUCCGUUCCUUGACGCCCAGGGCAUACUCCAUGUCGGCGGGCGGCUGGGGCACGCGGUGCUGUCAUACGACGAGUGACAUCCGGUCAUUUUGCCCGACGACUCUCACUUCACUCACUUAAUCGUGGCCGCGUGUCAUCGGCGAGCUCUCCACGGCGGAGUGCAGUUGACGCUGAGUCUCGUCCGCCAACAAUAUUGGAUUCCGCGCGGUCGCUCGGUCGUGAAGAGGGUUAUCCGGCGGUGCGUAACCUGCGUAAGGUGGCGAGCAGCCAGCCCUCAGCAGCUAAUGGCUGAUCUUCCGCGGGAAAGAGUUGCGCGAGCGCGAGCGUUCCUUCAGACCGGCGUCGAUUACGCCGGGCCUAUCCAGCUGCGAGCCAGCAAGGGUCGAGGCCAGCGAGCCUUUAAAGCUUUCGUGGCAGUCUUUAUCUGUCUCUCCACGCGAGCCGUUCAUUUGGAAGUCGUUUCCGACUACUCCGCGGACGCGUUCCUCGCGGCUUUACGACGCUUCAUCUCCCGCCGCGGUAUUUGUUGCACCCUUUUUAGCGACUGCGGUACGAAUUUUGUCGGAGCGGACGCGCAGCUCCGGGCAAUGUUCUCCGCCCGCAGCCCGGUAUUGCAGCAGAUCAAGGCGCGGACCGCUACCGAAGGUAUAUCGUGGCGUUUCAACCCGCCGUCGGCGCCUCACUUCGGCGGCAUUUGGGAAGCGGCCGUUAGGUCCCUCAAACAUCACCUGAGACGAGUACUGGGCAACCACAAGCUCACCUUCGAGGAAAUGAGCACCCUACUCGCUCAGGUAGAGGCGUGUCUAAACUCUCGACCGCUCCAGGCUUUAUCGGACGACCCUGAAGAUCUGACUGCCCUAACGCCGGGUCAUUUUCUGGUGGGUUCAGCCCUGACGGCCAUCCCAGAGCCUUCGCUUCGGGAUCUGCCGAUGAACCGCCUUACACGCUGGCAGCUCUUACAGCAGAUGCGCGACCAUUUCUGGAAACGAUGGGCGAAGGA